AGGUACCUGAGCCACGCGUGGGACGGCUACGUCGAUUCCGACGAGUACACGGAGGAGGACGCCAACGAGAGCACGGUCAUCGAGAGUACCGCGGCCCCCGAGGGCUCCGAGAGCGCCGAGGGCUCCGAGAGCGCCGAGGCCGCCGCGGCCGCGGAGGGCGCCGCCGCCGAGAACGCCUCCGCCCCGGACGCCGCCGUCGCGAAGGCCCCGGAGCCCGUGGUGGGCGUCGACCCAGAGGACCUGCCCGCCGUCAACGGCGAGGCAAUCGCGGUGCGCACGGCGGAGAGCGCGACCGCAGAGGCGACGGAGAACGCGACGGCGGAGGCCACCUCUCCCAUGGAGGAGUGGCUGAACGAGUGGUGGGCCCCAGAGAACGCCUCCAGCCAGCCCGACGCCGAGGAGCGGCUGCCAGCGGUCGACGGGGAGGGGCGGUUCGUCGACGCGGAGACAGCGACGGCGAUUGCUGCCGCGAAGAAUGCAGCAGAGGUUGCCGCGGAGAAUGAGACAGCCGACACCGCGCCCUUGGCGAGGGUGGACGAGGACGGGCGGGAGGCUGACGCGGAGAACGCUAAGGCGGUCGCAGAGGCUGCCACGGAGAAUGCAGCAGCGGUUGCCGCGGAGAAUGAGACAGCCGACACCGCGCCCCUGGCGUGGGUGGACGAGGACGGGAGGGAGGCUGCCGCGGAGGACACGAAGGCUGCCAUGGAGAACGCGACAGCUGAUGCGGCGCCCGCGGCGGAGGCCACCCCGCCGGAGGAGGGGAAGCCGGCCGCCGCGAAGGAGGCGGGCAAGAGCACCGCGGAGGCCUUGGAGCCCGCGGUGGGCGUCGACCCAGAGGACCUGCCCGCCGUCAACAACGAUGCGGUCGAGGUGCGCACGGAGGGCUCGAGCCUCGACUCGGCGGAGAACGCGACGGCUGAUGCCGCCUCUCCGCUGGACGACACCUCGGAGGCGCCGCUGCCGGUGCUCGACGGGGACGGGCGCCGGGCGACUGCCGCCGCUGCCGCGCAGGCGGUGCCCGCCGCCGCGCCGAUGGCGGCGGCCGGCGCGGCGGAGGGAGGCGGCGACUUGCGGGGAAGGCCGAGCGGCGGAGGCGCCGGCGCCAGCGCAUGGCAGCGGCGCGGCGGAGGGCCGAGGGCCGCGCGAAGGAGUGAGCAGUCCUCCUUCUCCUUCCCCGCCGUCUCUUCCUGCUCCCUCCUUCUCCUUCUGUCUCUUCCCUCCCCCUCCUCGAUCUAGCGCCUGCUUUCUGACGCCUGCCGGCUGCCCUGCAUGGGGCAGUCAGUUUAGCCCGCAGUUGCGAACUCUGCAGAUUGGUUUCGCAGUGACUCGCCAAUGCAUGGAAAAAUGCCGCUUCAAGGCCCCAGAUGUCUGACUUGUGUUACCAGGUGUCUGACUUUUGCCAGCAUUUGUAUAGUAGAAUUCGGUCUGGUUCCGAGCGUCUCUUCGGCCAGCCUGAGUUACCUUCGUCCAGAUGCCUCCGGCACGCCCAGCCACCAUGCUAACGCGGCAUGGCGCGUAACGCGACACCCUGAAAGGGGGGGAGCGCACAGAGGCGGUAUGAUGACCACUGCGUGCCAGGGGUCGCGGCGGCGGACCGCCCGUUCGUCUCUCAUGAUGAGCUCCCCCGACCUGCUGCGGUGCCUCGCCGCUCUGGAGAAAAGUCGUUCGCCCUGCUGCUGCGCCUCCUCCACUCCCCCCCUGUCCCGUCACCUCCCCCCCGCCUCGCCUCCCGUCUCCCUUUGCU